CGUGCCGUAGGACCUGCCCUUAUAAGGCGGUGUUUGUCGUCUUGGUGACUGGCUAUGAUUACAACCAAUCGGAAGUGCCGAGGGGCGGGACAUCCGGAAGGGGCGGGCGCUGGAGAGUAUGGCCAGCACGGCGUAAGCCGGAGACAUGGUGGAAGAUUCGGAUGACAGCUAUCUGGAUGAAUAUUAUUAUUAUAAUGAUGAUGACGACGAUGAUGAGGAUUGUGGAUUCUGGGACGGGUUUAGUAGAUCGGAGACAUUUUCUGGCUUCCGCCCAUCCUUCCUUUACUCCCAAGAUUAUAAACUACAUACCAUAAAUUAUAUAACCAAAGAGGAGGCAGAUAAAAAUGCUAAAGAACUUCUGGAGGAGGAGAAAAGAGAGAAGGAAAAGGCCGAUAAGAAGAGGCUGAAGAAGAAGAGACAGAAGGAUCGUAAGCGCGAACAGCGACUGAAGGAGGUGGAGAAACCAGCGGGGGAGAACCUGGCUCCAGUAGAUAAUACGAGAUCUGAGGACAUAGCACAGGAUGAUACCGGUGAAUUAGGGAAUGAGGACGACCUGGACCUCGGAAGCUCCUUUGUACGUCAGGCGCAAAAAAAGAUGGAGAACAAACCGAAGCCGGAACGGAAGGAGCGAGGUAAAGACGUUUUACGCGAAAGCGGGCGGGAUAAAUCUCAGGACAGCGUGGCCGAGAAAACGAAGAAGAUGGCGGCCUGUCCAUCCGCAGCACCGAGGAAUGGACUUCCUGCCGAUCAGUAUAAAGUAAAGGAGAGUAUGGAUUUAGCGAGUAUUGGGAAUAAUUUGGCAAACCAAGGGAAGCACAUAGAGGCCUUACAUUAUUAUACCGAAGCUAUUAGGAUAAACCCUGGCGAGUAUAGGUUUCUGGGGAACCGCUCGUACAGUUAUGAGCGUGUAGGGCGCUAUAAGGAGGCGCUGCAGGACGCCGAGAAGUCACUGGAGCUGCAGCCUCUUUUUGUAAAAGGACAUUUCCGGAAAGGAAAAGCCCUGAAGGGACUGAAGAGAUAUUCUGAAGCAAUCGCUACGUUCCAGCAAGUCUUAUCAUGUGACCUUAAUCAUACAGAGGCAGCACAGGAGAUAGCGGACUGUCAGCAGAAGCAACAGGAGCUGACUCUGUCCAUGAGGGCGAACUUCACAAGUUAUACCCCCCUGAGCGUCCGGCCGACUGUACCUAGUUUAUUAGGACAAAGUAAUAAUAAAGUGUUUAUUCCUCGUAAUCUGGUUUAUAGAAGAUCUAAUAAUGCAGGACAGGCUGCCCCCCGGGACCCUCCAGCAGCCAAGCCAGUCAGCAGCACCUUGUACCCCGUCUGGGUGGGAAACAUCACAGCCCGGAUCACAGAGGAUGUGCUGAGGUCACAGUUCACAGUGUUCGGUGCCAUUCAUUCCAUCCGUAUUCUGUACACCAGGACCUGCGCCUUCGUAAACUUCACCAGUAAAGACUCCGCAGAGUCUGCCUUCCGAGCCCUGCAGGGAAUGAAUAUCGAGGGGACCACAUUGUCUCUCCAGCUGCGGAACCCCGAACACUCUCACCUGAACCCAGGAGGGGCCGGAGCCAGGAAGCCGGGAAAGUGAGGAGGGGCUGACGUGGCACUUCAUAAGAGGUUCACAAUAAAGGAGGCUUUGAUACACUUGUGUGUU